UAAGCCAGGGCUCUUUUGGUUACGUCCCAAAUGGCAUCCUAUUCCCUGUGUAGUGCACUACUUCGGGUGCCAUUCUGUCUGAAUGCGAGCCACGAUAAAGGAAGUUUUCAGCAGCGUUGAAUCGCUGAGGGGAAGGGAACGGAUUGCCCCGCUGCUCUGAGCAGAGUUCAAGGCUUCACUCCACCCUCCCCGGCACACGUGGUGUACGGUAAACACACUCACAUGACAUCAGCCUGCUCAUUCUCUCUGGACAUAGUUGUGUACAGGUUUUGUCUUCACCUAGUAUUUAGUCUCCCACACACACACGGUCGGGUUAUUUUUCUAUUUAAUUGCUAUGCUAUUCUUUUGCACUUUCACUCUAAUUAUAUCUUAACUGGCUCACUGAACUAUUCAUACACAAAAUAGAGAGAAAUUGGCAAAUGGAAAAUUGGCAGCAGUCAGACCGUCCUUAUAUAGCAGUGCUGGAGAGUGUUCCUGCACUGUGCCUUUGACUUCGAGAUGGACAGUAUUAUUCUUAAUCCGGUCCGGCCUGAUCACACAGCCAUGCUGGACGAAGCACAGUUGGAUAUACUGGGUCAGCGGUUGGGAAAGAAGUCCCGGUCGGUUUGGGAGAGGGUGAAGGCGGAAUGCUGGUGUUCUGGUCCCAGGCUGAAGAGCUGUAUGUUGUCAUCUGUUCCUGUCCUCUCCUGGCUGCCCCGCUACUCCCUCAGAGACAACGCCAUCGGAGACCUGAUUUCGGGCGUCAGUGUGGGUAUCAUGCACCUACCCGGAGGCCUGUCUAAUGCGUUGCUGGCCGGGGUGCCGCCUGUGUUUGGUCUCUACACCUCUUUCUAUCCGUCGGUCAUCUACUUCAUCUUUGGGACGUCCAGACACCUCUCAGUGGGUACUUUCGCCAUUCUCUCUAUCAUGAUUGGCACUGUGACGGGCAACGUGGAGUUGCUUAGCAACGGUGUCGAGGAGCGGGAGGGCGAUGGAGGGAUGGCUCGAGUGUGUGUGGCAGUACAACUUACCUUCCUUUGUGGCCUUAUACAGAUAGUGUUGUUCUUGAUGAGAGGAGGGGAUGUGUGUCACUGGCUGUCUCAGCCCCUGGUGAGCGGCUAUACCACGGCGGCAGCCCUUCAUAUCACCAUCUACCAGCUGCCUCUACUCUUUGGCAUCCCAACCAACAGACACAGCGGUUUCCUGGCUGUAGGCUGGACGCUGGUUGAUGUGCUGUCUAGAGUGACUAACGCAACGCCUGGGACGCUGGUUGUCUCCGCCGUCUCCAUGGUGAUCCUGGUGGGAGGCAAGAUGCUGAAUAGACUCUUCAAGACCAAGCUACCCAUGCCCAUUCCAUGGGAGCUAGUGCUGGUAGAAAUACACACACACACACACACACACACACACACACACACACACACACACACACACACACACACACACACAGUCAGACAUGAGUCAGAAUUGCAUAAAGGUCUUUCUGUUGAAGACUGUUCCAGUGUGAUGACUUCAUCUCCUCCGUCCUCUUCAUUUUAUCCUCAGAUAACGCUGGCCACCUUCCUGUCAGUGCAGUUGGACUUGUCAGGACAACAUGGUGUCCAGGUAGUAGGACACAUACCCACUGGCUUGUCUCCCCCAGCCCUCCCCUCUCUAGCCCAGGCCAAACAGCUGUUUGGUCCUGCUCUGUCCCUGGCUGUGGUGGGCUUUGGCUUUACCUCCUCCAUGGGCAGAAUGUUUGCACACAGACAUGAUUACGCCAUAGACAGCAACCAGGACCUGUUGGCGAUAGGACUCUGCAACACAAUUGGAGGGAUGUUCCACUGUUUUGCCGUCAGCUGCUCGUUGUCACGCAGUACGGUCCAAGAAAGUAUUGGGGUGAAAACUCAGGCGGCUGGGCUUCUCUCUGCUCUGAUGAUGCUCUCCAUCUUGCUGAAGAUUGGACAUCUCUUUGAGCAGCUGCCAAUAGUACUCAAGUCAUUUAUAACACCUUCUACAUUCCCUUCUCUAACACUGAAAUCAGAUGUUUUGUCUGUGUUUGCAUUCAUUUGUUUGUUUUGGUGUUCAUAUGCUUCUGUUUCAUUCUCUGCCUUUGUGUUUGUAAGUGUUUAUACUUGUUGCUCUGUCUCUAUGUGUGUGUGUGUGUUACAGGCAGUGUUAGCAGUGGUCAUUGUGGUAAAUCUGCAAGGGAUUCUGGGUCAGUUUCGGGAAGUCCCAGUGCUCUGGGCAUCUGACCGUUUGGACCUGCUGGUGUGGGUGUUCACCCUGAUCUUCACCCUGAUUUUCAACCUGGAUCUUGGCCUGGCUGCUGCUCUGGCCCUCUCUCUGAUCACUGUUGUCUACAGGACUCAACUCUCCCACAGUGCAGUGCUGGGUCAUAUUCCUGCGACGGACUGCUACAGGGACCUACGUCUCUAUGCUGAGGCCAGGCCGGUUCCUGGAGUUACUGUAUUCUCCUGCUCCAACCCGCUGUACUUUGCAAAUGCUGAGCUGUUCUUCAGCUCUCUCAGAAAGUCUGUGCAGCGUGUCCAACUGGAGAAUGCAGCCCUCAUUGAGAACCAGCCCUUACCUCAAAUGCAAGGCGCAAGGCACUGUCUGGUGCUAGAGUUUAGCUCAGUCAUCUUCAUGGACUCUAUGUCAAUCAAAGCACUAUGUAAGGUUGUGGAGGAAAUGGAGGAGCAGGGGGUCAGUGUGUUUCUGGCUGCUUGCCCAGACAGGCUGGUGAUCAAGCUGCAGGCCCAGGGCUUCGUCCCAAACACUCUGUCCAGGUCCUGCCUCUUCCCGUCAGUGCACCACGCUGUCCAACACUGCCAGAUAUCGCCUCCCAUGGCUGUGAAUAUGUUCCCUUUUUCUAUAUGCUUUGCUACUGGCAUCGCUACCUCAUAUCCUACGUCUACCAAUGUGUCUGUUGGAAUUAGUCUGUCUGCUUUGUGAUUGUUUCCUACCUCUGCAUUGAUGUUGUUCUUCUGCUCCUGUAGGACCACAACACAGAGCUGAGUGAGUGUUGAUGUGCAGCCUGCAGCUCAUGGAGUGGAUGGGAAAACGCCACCGUGGAAUUCCAGCCUCAAUCAGAAUACGCAGUAGACUGAACUCCCAGCUCAAGCUGGCGUCGGCGAUAGGACGAUGAAAAUGCUUUCCUUUUGAGCUCCUUCGCCAACGCUGUGGUUCAACGUCUUCUUUUGAGCUAUGAAAAGACAGCAGAUGGAUUGGAGCCAGCCGGAGUCCGUCUGUCUGUCUGUCUGUCUGCCUCUGUCAGUGUGCCUGUCUUCCGAUCUCUAAAACAUGUCCAGGUCCAACCACCCCCUGCGCCAUUAGGGGUGUCUGUGGGGGUUUAAUGGUUGGGCGUCGCUCCUGCACCUCCUCCAAUGAGAUCAGACACUCAU